GCGCGAGUGGACAAAGAGGACUGGACGCAUACGCAAUGGCUCAAGCUAACCAGGGUCCUACCAAGCUUUGACGAGCCUCCUUGGCAAAGCUUAUUUGUGGAGCAUUACCUGAUAUUCACCCCGCGGUAGCUGGUGAGGGGCAGACCGAGUCUUCACAUCAGCUUCGUAGCAGCAGUUAAGUCCGUCAUAUCACGUUCAAGACAGAAUAGACUCAGAACUUCCCAGGGCAGUGUGGAAAGUCAGGCUGUACUCAAGCUUCGCUCCCACUCCUUCCGUUCCUUGGCGCAGAUCUGCGUCACAGCUCGUUCCCCACCAAAACGAGCUCCACAGCCUCACCCCACCGCGACGCUCAUGUCUUCUCGCCCAGCGCCACAAUGCCCGGCCGCCUUCCCACGCAGGCCGACUUCCCGUCCUCCGUGACGCUGAGCAUCACACCUCCACCACCCUCCCACCCCGCCACCAACAUCCUCAUCCUCCUCCACGGCCUCGGCGACACCCACUCAGCCUUCACAAAACUCGGCACGCAGCUCAAUCUCCCGGAGACAGCAUGUAUAUCCCUCCGCGCGCCGGCGCCGCUGCCCUUCGACCUGCCCGGCUUCCACUGGGGCGACGACAUGGUGUUUGACCAGCACAGUGGUGAGAUGGACGUCGACACCGGCUUUGCCGCCUCCACGAAGGUCGUUUUGGACACAGUGAUCAAGGAAGGAUUGAUUGCGAAAUGCGGAUACGCGGCGCGGGAGAUAGUGCUAUUUGGCUUCGCGCAGGGCGGCAUGCUCGCGUUGCAAGUUGCUUCUUCUUGUGGAGAGGAGCUCGGCGGUGUCGUUAGUGUCGGAGGCGCACCGAGUCUCUCUGCGCCGCUGCCGACAGUGGGGAAGAAGAAUCGCACGCCUGUGCUUGUGUGCAAGGCGAGCCGCGGGUCCAGCGUCACGGAUAGCGCGGAGAAGAGGCUGAAGGAUAUAUUUGAGUUUACAGAGGUGAAGGAGUGGAAGCGCGUUGGCGAUGGCAUGAUGCGGAACCGAGAGGAGAUGCUGCCGAUUAUGCAGUUUCUUGCGCGAAGGCUGCGGAGCAGAAGGGGUGUGCCGGAGGGCAGUGUAGAGUUGUCGUGAUGCGAUCGACGCACAGCAUUUAAUGGAUGAGCGCCUUACAUGUGUGCAGCUGAAAGACUGGCCUUCGAGCUGGAUGCAUUAUGGGCAUAGCCUACGAUCUUUACUGUGGCCUAUGAAGGAAAAACAAGACGGUUGGACCAUACAAUGCAGCGCGGAA